AUUCGCUUCCAUAACGCUCCAUCUUUCAGCUUUUCGAGUUUCGAUCAAAAUUCCCCUUUUCUAUGUAUAUGAUUUCCGAUUCGGCUUAUUGAUAUCAUCUUAAUUUGAUUUGUACAUUAUAGGACUAUAAUUGAAUACACAAAUAGGGGAAUUGAUCGAAGAUGUGGGUGUUUUACUUGAUCUCCCUGCCGCUAACCCUAGGCAUGGUGAUCUUGACUCUAAAAUACUUUGCCGGUCCAGAAGUACCGCGUUACGUGUUUCUUACAGUGGGCUACACUUGGUUCUGCUCCAUUUCCAUCAUCAGCCUUGUCCCUGCCGACAUUUGGACGGAGCUUAAUUUACUUCGUUGAAUUGUGGGUUCCAUUGGUCUUUUCGGGCUUAUUCUCCUCAUUGUUAUGGAUAAAAUUGGGAUUAGAGAUAUACUGGCUUUGGCAAUGGCAGGCUCAAAUACAUUUGGGCUAGUGACUGGUGCAUUUCUUCUUGGUUUUGGUUUAAGUGAAAUUCCAAAGAGCAUUUGGAGAAAUGCUGACUGGAUUACUCGUCAGAAGGUUCUGUCACACAAAAUUGCCAAAAUGGCUGUGAAACUUGAUGAUGCUCACCAAGAACUAUCGAACACCAUAGUGAUUGCUCAGGCAACAUCAAAACAGAUGUCCAAGCGCGAUCCAUUGAGACCUCUUAUGGAUAUCAUUGAUAAUAUAAGAUCCUUCCUUCAAGCCACAAGGGGGGCGGUUGGGAGUGAUAUGGAUUACGAUUCAGAUGAGAAAUCAAUGGCAAUUCUCAGACGUCAUCUUCGGCAAGCUCGUGAGGAGUAUUAUCGAUGCAAAAGUGAGUACCUGGCUUGUGUUACAAAGACGCUUGAAUUGGAAGAUACUAUUAAGAAUUAUGAACGACGCUAUACAACUGGAUGGAAAUAUGUCUCAAGCUUUAGAUCUGAACGGACUGGUAAAUUAGGGCCUUGCCUUGAUACAAUAGAAUUAGUAUGGCGAUGUAUUUUGUGGAAGCAAUUGAAGAAAGUUUUUGCUGUUAUUCUUGGUUGCAUGUCAGUCGCAAUUCUCCUGGCUGAGGCUACUUUGUUACUGGGAGGAGUUGAUUUAUCUCUAUUUUCUAUCCUCAUAAAAUCCGUAGGAAAUGAAGAGGUGGUUGUGCAGGUCUUCGCAUUUGUUCCUCUGAUGUACAUGUGUGUUUGCACAUAUUAUUCUUUGUUCAAAAUUGGAAUGCUAAUGUUUUAUUCGUUGACUCCGAGACAAACAAGCUCAGUCAGUUUGCUAAUGAUAUGCUCGAUGGUUGCUCGUUAUGCGCCUCCAAUUUCAUACGACUUUCUUAAUCUCAUUAAUCUUGGAGAGGGCAAGGAAACUAUUUUUGAGGCACGAAUGGGAAAUAUCGAUAAAGCCGUACCUUUUUUUGGGCAAGGAUUUAACAGAAUUUAUCCGCUUAUUAUGGUUAUAUACACAAUUAUGGUUGCGAGCAAUUUCUUCAACCGUAUCAUCAGUUUCUUUGGCAACUGGAAGCUAUUUAGACUUCAAACAGAAGCAGACGAUGUGGAUGGUUUUGAUCCAUCUGGAUUGCUUAUACUGCAAAAAGAAAGAAUGUGGCUGGAACAAGGUCGUAGAGUCGGAGAACAUGUUAUCCCAUUGGCUAGGAAUUUCAAUGGGACGAGCAUGGACCUGGAGUUUGGUGACAAUGAUAGACGUACAGUUGAAAUGAAGGUGGCAUCCGACUUGAGCAAGGACGACACAAAGGGAAGUUCUUCAAAACCUUUAAAUGACGAGGCCAGGAGACAUUCCAGGAGCAAAGAAUCCAUAAGCAGCAAAUAUGCUGCCAUGAGAGAACAGAACAAACUAGCAUCUAACACAAAACCAGUUGAGAAUAUUGCUGAAGCUAAGGUCUCCUUGCUCGAUACCGGAAGCUCUCAAUCGAGCAACAACUCUGGAAUUCCAUUGGGUGUAGCCUCAAAAUGGGCAUCAAUGAAAGCGGGGUUUCAAUCUCUUAAGAUGAAUAUUGAAGCUAAGAAAUUUUUACCUUUAGGCCAAGUUGAGGACAUGAAACCCUUAUCUCAGGGUUCAUCCUCUGAAUCCCUUGACGAGAUGUUUCAGAAAUUGAAAAGGCCUACUGUAGGACAUGGACAUUCUUUUGAUGACGACGAAGAUGGACUUGAUAGAAGAGCUUCUGGUCCGCGCAGAUAGCACUGUCGAUACAUUUAAAUGAAUGAAAUGCAUUUAUCCCCAUUGUAAGAUAGAAAAUUAGGCUUGACUGGUACGCGCAGAUAGCAUUGUAGAUACAUUUUUGGCCAAGAAGUAGAAUGUUGAUUCAAACUUAUAAUUUGUCUACUGCUUCUGAUCCAUGGAAAAUUAAUCCUCAGUCUUUGAAAAAGACUAAA